CACCCGCCCCGCCCCAACCUCUCCCGACCGCACGCGCGCUGCACAUGGAAGCACUUGCCACAAUACCCAGAAUACUCGCGCGCUCUUUUCGAUGAGCCAACUUCCGUGGGGCGCCCCGAAACACAGCCAGACGGGAGCCCCCAAGCUGCUCCAUCGCUCGCCUUCUGCUUCACUCUCCGCCAGCACAAACACAAGCACGACGCCGAGCUCGACAUCCAGUGCCUCUCUGCAGAAGAUUGUCAUCGCACAAAUCUUCCUCCUGCUCAGCCAGUUUGGAGCAAAGGACGAGAAAGACCGGGCCAGGGACCGCAUCGAGCAGAUAAAGAAGCUGGUCGACUCACACGGCAUGGAGGUCUUCUCCAAGUACUUCCGCCGCGUGCUGCAGAACAAUGCCGCCCACGUCUUUGGCUCGGGUGGCCGCAACACCGACGCCAAUGGCAGCUACCAGAUCCUCGUAGGCGAGAUGCAGAAGCUGCGCAAGGAGCCCGAGCAAGCAGAUAAGAUUGCAGAGUCGAUAAGCUCGAGCGAAGGCGACCUGUUCCGCGACUUUGACCUGUCGACCUUCGUGUCGCACUUCCAGCUCGACCCAAUCGCUAAGACGAUGCUUGCGCUAGCAUGUAGAAAGACAGAUCUGCGGGUAAAGGCCGACACAGUCCUCUCCACGGUAGGCGACGACCUGCUGAUGGCCAUCGCGCAACCCACCCAGCCCGACGACCUGAGCCCUGACUAUCUCGCCGCCCUCAUCGACCGCCUGCUGCAGGACCCGCUACAGGGCUGGGACGAAGACAAGAAGAUGAGCCUCGCAUAUGCUGUCCAGGUGCGGUGCCAAAACCUCCACAUAGCCAUACCUGGCGUCGUCGAGUCGAAGCUGCUACUCGUAGAGCUUACCGACGGCUCACGGAACCCCUUGGUGAAGCUAGUACAGCGCGCAGGACCACAGGGUACCGCCACAGUAGAGGCAUGCAAAGAUAUGCUCGCCUCGGCCGAGACGCGUGACAUCAGUUACCAGCAGGUCGCCACUGUCCUGCUCUACCUGGCGCUCUCUACAGGACACAAUGCGAAAAACUUUGUGGCUGCACUGCGGGAACAUCGGGCUGGACAACGACUCGACUGGCAGGAUGUCGUCCAGGCAUUCGACAGGGAUAGCCUGCGCAUCGAGAAGCACCAGUUCCUCACCCUCUACAACGCCUUGCUCCCAGUUGCCCAGGACUCGGAAACAUUCGACAUCCAGGCAUUGUGGGGAGGGUCCUGGCAGCACGACCUAACGCAUCUUUAUUUCCUGGUGUGCUACUUGUCGUGCACACCUCAAGAGCUCGAUGUCUCCCAAAUUCCGCGGUUACGCGCUUCCUACUCGAUGAAGACUUUUGAGAAUGCCUCCGACGACAUCAAGGCCUUUGCUGAGCAAGCAGUAAAGCAUCCGUUCGUAUCUCUCGACGCCACCGGCGCGCUGUUCAGCAUGAUAUUCCGAACCUCUGAAACCUACCACAUCGCACAAACGAUGGGCAUUCCAGACUUGGUCAUCAAUCCGCAUACUGCUGAGUUCCUUGUCGCUGCGGCCGCCGUUCCAAAGCCAUGGGGCGCAUUACAAGAGCAGGCGUUGAAGCAGUUGUUCGAUCCCUAUUUCCACAAGAAGUUACCCAUCUACAACUUUGUCCUCUACGGUCUGUGGCAACAAGACCUCCAGUGGCUUAUCGACCGAUUUGUUGACGCAUAUAACGCCGAUCCGAUGUCACUCACGCUCAUCCUCGAACACGCCGAGGCCAAUGGCUGGUUGGACACCCUGAUUCGCAGUAACACUGAUAUCAGCUUGGAUCUUGCCGCGCAGGCACACGCACGGGGGAAGUUUGAAAUUGAGCCGUGGCUGCAACAGACAUUCGAACAAGCUGGUCCACUCUUUCGUCGGAUCCUGACCAACUUCCUGAGUGCUAGAGCUUCGGACGAGAUGCAGCGCGUACGAGACGACCAUCAUCCCCUCAGCUUGCCCCUGGCUGUCAAGACCGUCUACCCACUGCUCUGGUUUCUCGCGGAAUGUGGACUCCCAGAGCAAGAGCUAUUACCCCUGCAACGAAACUGCAUCCAAGCAUAUCCUCGUUUAAUCAACUAUGGUGAAGGCGUAGACGAUGUCAUCGACGCCAAUGGCAACGGCCCGAAUGGAAACGCUCUUCCAGAGGAUGCUGAUAAGAAAAUGCAGGAGCACUUCAAGAACAUGUACAGCGGCGAGAGCGAUGUACGCGAUAUCAUUUCUGUGCUGAAAAAAUACAAAGAGUCGCGCGAUUCCGCCGAGCAGGAACUAUUCGCUUGUAUGAUCCACGGACUGUUCGAUGAGUACAACUGUUUCGGUGAAUAUCCAUUGGAAGCUUUGGCAACAACUGCUGUACUUUUCGGUGGAAUCAUCAACUUUAAUCUCCUAUCUCGAAUCGCACUGCAGGUCGGACUGGCGAUGGUUUUGGAGGCCGUUCAGGAGUAUAGACCGGAUGAUUCCAUGUACAAGUUCGGACUCCAAGCUCUGCUUCACUUCUCAACCCGACUAUCCGAAUGGCCCAACUACUGCGACCAACUCUUGAUUGUUCCUGGUCUUCAGGGUACUGAGAUAUUCGCAAAGGCAGAAGAAGUCGUGGGGCAGCAAGUGGGGGAAGUCAACGGAGAAGCACAAAAUGGCAUCGGGCUGACCAACGGCAAUCACAUCGAGGAUGCUCUUCAACAAGAAUCGGCAGUACCAAAGUUUUCUUGUCUCUUCAUUGACUCACCCCUCCAGUCAGAAGCCUACGAAGAACCAGAUGAGGACGUUCAAGAUAGAGUGUUGUUUGUACUCAACAACGUAUCAGAGCGUAAUUUGCGUGACAAGAUCAACGACCUUACCGAGGCUGUGGAGGCAAGACAUCAUCAGUGGUUCGCCAAUUACCUUGUGGAAGAACGUGCCAAGAUGCAGCCCAACUUUCAACAACUGUAUCUCGACAUGUUGGACCUUUUCAACAACAAGACCCUAUGGGCUGAGGUUCUUCGCGAGACCUAUGUCAGCGUUGUUCGUAUGCUCAAUAACGAUGCUGCGCUUGGAUCGACCGAGCGAGGUCAUUUGAAGAACCUGGGUUCCUGGCUUGGCUCUCUAACGAUUGCUCGUGAUCAGCCUAUCAAGUUCAGGAAUAUUUCCUUCAAGGACCUCUUGACUGAAGGCUACGAUACUGAUCGCCUGUUGCUAGUGAUCCCUUUCACCUGCAAAGUCUUGGUACAGGCUGCAAAAUCCACGGUCUUCAGGCCUCCCAACCCGUGGUUGAUGGAGAUCAUCGGCGUGCUCAUGGAACUAUAUCAUUUCGCGGACCUGAAGCUCAACCAAAAAUUCGAAAUCGAGGUUCUUUGCAAAGGAUUAGAUCUCGACCAUAAGGAUAUUGAGCCAACCAACAGUAUCCGAGCGCGGCCACAAGUUGAUGAAGAGUUCCUGGGACCAAUGGUGACAGAUGGAAUGGAUGCUUUUGGCGAUCUCUCGAUCAUGAGCCUGAACCGUGCAAGAGGUACCAGCGAGCGCUUCUCGUCUGCAGCGAUAACCGCCGCUCUGCCCGAUUUCACCAAUCAGCUACAGUAUCCACCAUCCGGAAACAGUGUUGUGCCGCCUGCGACGUUGAAGAAGAUCUUCCUCACUGCUGUCAACCAGGCUAUCCAAGAGAUCAUUGCUCCAGUGGUUGAGCGUUCCGUAACGAUUGCGGCAAUUUCGACUUCGCAACUCAUCAGCAAAGAUUUUGCGAUGGAGCCAGACGAAGAAAAACUUCGCAACGCAGCCCAUACUGUUGUCAAAGCCCUCUCGGGUGCGCUAGCGCUUGUUACGUGCAAGGAGCCAUUGCGUAUGAGCAUUCAGAACAAUAUCCGCGUGAUGGCACGGGACCUCCCCGAGCAGGCGCUUCCUGAAGGCCAUGUCCUGAUGUUUGUCAAUGACAAUCUCGAUCUCGUCUGUAAUACGGUAGAGCAAGCCGCUGAAAUGUCAUCGCUUGCCGAGAUUGAUAUGCAGGUCGAGGAAGCUGUUCGACUCCGCCGAAUCUUCCGCAACACCCGUCCGAACGAGCCUUUUAAGGAUGCGAAUAUCAGCCCUUGGGCAUUUUACAUCCCUGAGCCUUACAAGCAGACAGCUGGUGGGUUGAACAGAGAACAACUGGCUAUCUACGAAGACUUUGGUAGACAAUCUCGAGGCGCUCCUCAUAUUAACAGUGCUUCCCAGGAUGGCGGACGUCAACUUCCAGAUGUACUUCAAGACCAAUUCGCAGCAGUUCCUAAUUUGCCGACUCCUGGUGCUACCCCAGCGGAACCGCGUCAACCGGCCCAACAGCCCAGGCUCCAAAGUCUUCAAACAUCACAUGCACCUCUUGCGCAACAGCAAAUGAAUGGCUACAUGGAUGCUUCUGGUCCAGAGCGAGGUCAGCGUGGUGUUGAGGAGCUACUCCUUGAGCUUACGCGUGUCAUGAAAGAGGCUACUGAAGAACGGAUCAGCGAGCUUUCACCCGGUAGCAGCACCAUCCACCAAGUCUUCGAUCAGUUGAUAUCAAGCAUUGAGUUUGCCGGCCCUAACAAGGAUACAUGGGCUUUCCGCAUUGCUGGCCAGGUCACGAAUCAUCUUUUCAACGACUCUCUAUCUCGCCUUGAAGUCGAGGUUCUAGCGCAUCUUCUGAGCCAUCUGUGCCAGCUGUCUGUUCAAACCUCACGACAGGUCUUGAUGUGGCUUGCGACGCUCCACGAUGAUGACCGUAUCUUCAAAUCCACCGUAAUGGUCGCGUUGAUGGAUGUUAGUCUGAUGGACAUGCAUCGCUUGAAUAGCACCAUCGCAAAAGCCAUUUCUGAGCGCCGUGUUGCUGCAGUAGAGAUGCUUUCCAGCCUGAUGGACGAGCUGCUGCUUGGUGAGCAUCCAAGCGCGUUCCGUGCCGACUUUGCUGCGUCCAUCGAUGCUCUUACUAUCUGGUUGGCAGAGGAUCCUACCUUGGAAGUCGGAAAGCGCAUAGUUGCUGACCUGCAAGCGUCGCUUACUGACCUAUCCAUGAGUCCACCCAUGACUGGACAGAAAGACCAGCUGGAGUACAUCUUUGAUGAAUGGGUACAUCUCCAGAUGACAGAGGCGCCAAGGAAAACGAUCGGUGCCUUCAUUUACCAGCUUCACAAGCAAAAUGUGAUGGAAACCCAGGAAUCGUCGAUCGAAUUCAUUCGCUCCUGUGUCGACGCCUCUGUGGAUUCAUACGAGCGCGAGCACGCUCUUCCAUAUGGCGCUGGAAAUUUGGAUGUGGCCACUGUGAAGGUCGAUGCGCUCGGCAAACUCAUCGUUGACCUUGUCGUCUACCAAGGAGAGCAGGAUGAAGCCGUGAAGGAGAGCAAGGCAAGGUAUUUGGACCAGAUACUUGUCGUCGUUGUGCUUGUGCUCUGCAACCACCAUAACACCCGCGGGGACGCCUUCAACCAGAAGGUUUUCUUCCGAUUGUUCUCGGCUAUUCUGUUCCGACUCAACGAGGCAGUCAAAGACAGCACAUUGGCUGAUCAGAAGGCCGAUGUUUUCCUUGGCGUCGCCAGAGCGCUCCUAAUCUUGCAGCCUAGCCACUUCCCGCGAUUCACUUUCGCAUGGCUGACUCUGGUUUCCCACCGCAUCUUUAUACCAGCGUUGUUAGAAGAACCCCAAAAAGAUGAGCGCUGGGACGUCUAUGCUCGACUGAUCGAGACGCUUCUGGUCUUUACUGGGCAAUUGAUUAAACCCACUGGAGAGACGCUUAUGGCACAGAAUUUCUAUCGUGGUGUCUUGCGUGUCCUGCUCGUCAUUCAUCAUGACUACCCGGAAUUCCUUGUUGAGAACCAUUUCCGAUUUUGCAAUAGCAUUCCCAUGCAUUGCACGCAGCUUCGAAACCUGAUCAUCAGCGCGUAUCCAUCGACUAUUCUCGAGAUGCCAGAUCCUUUCACAGCAGGACUGAAGGUCGACCGACUUGAGAACAACCUUCAAGCACCGAUCAUUCGUGGCAAUAUUGAGCAAAUCCUUAUCGAGGCAGGCAUCAAGAACACAAUCGAUGGUUUGCUCAACGCCUCCGAGCCGAAGACCCAGGACGUCCAGAAGAUUUGCAACGCGGUGUACUAUACAGAACCAAAGCCGGCUGGUUUUGAGCAGCUCCCCACCACCGCUGAUCCAGCAUUGAUCCACGCAAUCACGCUCUACAUCGGGAUCGCAACUUUGGGUACCGAGGGAGCCACAGCGCCUCUCUUCGAUGCGGACAGCGCAGCUGCCAAGCUUAUUGAGGAGCUGGUGAAGGAGUUCCAAUACGAAGCUAAAUUCCACUUCAUCAGCACCAUUGCCGAUCAGCUCCGCUUUCCGAAUACCCAUACGCACUUCUUCAGCUAUGCGCUCCUGCAUCUCUUUGGUCCUCCCAACGACGACCCACAAGCGUUGGAAAUCCAAGAGGUCAUUACAAGGGUGCUUCUGGAACGUCUGCUGGUCCACCGUCCCCACCCAUGGGGACUCAUCAUCACUCUGCUGGAGAUUUUGAAGAACCGCACUUAUGGGUUCUGGGACUUGCCGUUCGUAAAGGCGGCGCCCGAAGUACGUUCCCUUCUCAUGGAUCGCUUGUCGGGCACCACUAACUUAUCGUCACUUGAAGGUUGAGCGUCUUCUCAAUGCUCUCUUUACGCAUGCGCAACAGAGCCCUCGACCACUAGCUUAGACGGCUGAUGCUCGGGGCUCAUCCGACUCUUCAAGAGAUCGGACAACGGACUGG